AUGCCUGUACUUCUUAAAAGUAGUCAAGAGGCUUUCAGUUGGAAGAUGUAUAUCUCGUACAGGACGAUCGGUUUACACUUCUUCUCCUCCUCCUCCUCCUCCUCCUCUUCUUCUUCUUCUUCUUCUUCUUCUUCUUCUUCUUCUUCUUCUUCUUCUUCUUGUCAUAUCCCUUCUGGACAAAAGAAUAAAAAAAAAAAACUUUCUUUAUACUUAUCUUUUAUCUUUGCCCUUUUUUUUUAUCUUUUAAAUGUUUCUUUUUUGUUUUUAUUUGUUUUCUUUUGUGAAACUGUUUUUGUUUGUUUCAUUCUUUCUUCUUCACUUUUUUCUACUUGCUCCUUCUUCAUUUCUUUCCCGCGUUUUUCUUCUAAAUCUUCACCUCUUCUUUUUUUUCUUUCUCAAACUCUGAUUCCACUUCUUUCUUUCUUACUUUCUUUCUUUCUACUUGUUUUUUUUUUGUCUUUCUCCUUUCUUUCUUCCUUAUUUUUUCAUCUUUUAAAUGUUCCUUUUUUGUCUUUAUUUAUUUGA